UGCGCAUGCGCCGGCUGCGGUCUAUUAAUUGAACGCCUGCGUCGUAGCUUUGUUAGUCUCUGCCACGCUUUUAGACGCUUUGUACUGUAAGGAAAAGUAACUGAAUCCGACCUCUUCCGUUGCACAAAGAAAAUGUCCGGCUCCGAAGGCGGCGAUGGCUACGUUGUCAAGAUCCGGGGACUCCCUUGGUCAUGUUCUGCUGAUGAGAUCGAGAGCUUCUUUUCUGAAUCAAAGAUUUUAAACGCUUCUCUGGGUGUUCAUUUCAUCUACACAAGAGAGGGAAGACCAAGUGGUGAAGCUUUUGUUGAGUUUGAAACAGAGGAUGACCUAAAACUUGCUUUAAAAAAAGAUAGAGAAACAAUGGGACACCGAUAUGUUGAAGUUUUCAAGUCAAACAGUGUUGAGAUGGAUUGGGUUCUCAAGCACACCGGCCCAAACAGCCCAGACACUGCUAAUGAUGGCUUUGUUCGGCUCAGAGGUCUUCCCUUUGGCUGCAGCAAGGAAGAAAUUGUACAGUUUUUUUCAGGGUUGGAAAUCGUGCCAAAUGGGAUAACAUUGCCGGUGGACUUCCAGGGGAGGAGUACGGGGGAGGCCUUCGUGCAGUUUGCUUCACAGGAAAUAGCUGAAAAGGCUCUAAAGAAACACAAGGAGAGAAUAGGGCACAGGUACAUAGAAAUUUUUAAGAGCAGUCGAGCAGAGGUUCGUACACACUAUGAUCCUCCCAGAAAACUUUUUGGCAUGCAGCGCCCAGGCCCUUAUGACAGACCAGGGGCAGGAAGAGGCUAUAAUAACCUUGGCAGAGGAUUUGACCGAAUGAGACGAGGAGCAUAUGGAGGAGGUUAUGGUGGUUAUGAUGAAUACAAUGGCUACAGUGAAUACGCCUUUGGCACAGACCAGAGAUUUGGGCGAGUAUCUGAUCAUCGGUAUGGUGAUGGGACUAGCUUUCAAAGCACAACUGGGCACUGUGUGCAUAUGAGGGGACUUCCCUACCGAGCAACUGAGACUGAUAUUUAUACUUUCUUUUCUCCUUUGAAUCCUGUGAGAGUUCACAUUGAAAUUGGUGCUGAUGGUAGAGUUACCGGGGAAGCUGAUGUUGAAUUUGCAACACACGAAGAUGCUGUAGCUGCAAUGUCAAAAGACAAAGCAAAUAUGCAGCACAGAUACGUGGAACUUUUCCUUAACUCGACCGCAGGAGGCUCUAGUAGUGCAUAUAGCAGCCAGAUGAUGAGCGGACUUGCAGCCGGGACUCAAACAAGCUAUGGUAGUCCUGGUACUCAAGCUUUAACUGGCAGUUAUGGAGCAGGAUAUGGAAGUCAAGCCAGUUUAAGUGGUUAUGGAAGUCAGAGUGGAAUUAACAGCAGCUACUACAGUAGUGGAACACGAGGGUCAUUGGGAGUAAAUGGGAUGGCCGGCAUGUCAAGUAGUAUGAGCAUGAGUGGUGCUUGGGGAAUGUAACUUUCCAAAUUGGCUUUUAUAUAUAUAUAUAUCCCCUCCAUCCCCAACCUUUAAACAGACUUUUUUUCUUUUCUUUUUUCAGUUUAACUUGUAAUUUAUGCUUUCUGUGAGAUUUUUAAACAUGUCAUAUUUCAGUGUUCAACCACCUAACAAGCUCUGAAGGUAGCUGUUGAAAUACAAAUGGCUCUCAAAUCAAUUUUUGUAGAUGUGUGCAAGCCAGUUACUUUAUGAAAAACCUACUGUAAAUUGUUCUGAAUGCAUGUUUUUUGGUUAAGCUUUUGGUCUUAGUUUAUGUAAGACAAUAUUUUGUAAUUUCUUUUAGGUGGUCCUUUACUUCAAUAAAUAUGUAAAACACC